AAGCGACAUUUCAACCGAUCAAUCAGAGAUUAACCAUUUAUACUUUGUCCGACGAUAACUACAACUACUCGAUGAUAUCCUGAACCCGCGAAUACCCGACCACUGAAGGACAUUACAAGACAGCCGAGAGCGUCUACAGCUUCAGGUCUCUUACACGAAUCUCAUCCCGACAACAUCAAAUCAUGGCUACCGAAACCGAUACACUGUCCUUCUCAUUACCCACGAGCACCGCGCCCACCGACGUCUCCGAGUCGACAUGCAUGCCCAACUCGGCUCCGUUCCUCCCACCCUCGCCCUGUCACCCUCAGGGCGCACCCGCCCACGCCCACGCCAACGCCGAGUGGGAUACCACGAUACACCCACUCUCGAGCCCUCAGAAGGUUUGCGCCGCGCCAACCAGCCCAUCGCCCGCCUUCAACUGUGGCCCGGGAACCAGCGUCGGGACAUCUGGCAGCGGGAGCGGGAGCGGAUGUUUCAAUGAUGGUGGUUUGCUGUAUAGAGUCCAGGCCGAGAGGGAGUGCCGAGAGGGACCCGGCAAAACUGUCGAAGAGGCCUGUCAACGAUCCCUCAAUCACUUUCCAUGCCCUGGUCUCGCCUUUCCCAUGCCGGCCCUCGACUUUGACUUUCGCAUCGCCGUCCGUCUAAACCAGGAACCCGUCCACGUCGACUCUGGCAACACCAAGGAGAUCACGACCGUCGCCGCCGGAGUGUGGUCCGGCUCGUUUGGCCACGGCCGCGUCAUUGCAGGCGGUUAUGAUCUAGGCCAGGCACGCGGCUUUCGCCCCAUGAGGCUUGUAGAGGGUGCUUUUGUCAUUCAGACGAGUGAUGAGCAACCAGCGGUCCUUGAAAUGCGCACCCGUGGUUCCCUCUCUGGUCCCUCAGAUAUCCUCGACACCUUGCUGAGCCCUCGUGCCCCCAAGGACAUUGACCCACGCCGCUACGGAUUCCGCAUGUUUGCGACAUUCAAGACCUCGGACAAGAGAUAUGCCGAGAUUGUCAACUGCGGCUUGUGGGUAGCCAGUGGUGCCUGGCGUGGCGAGCACCUUGUUAUUGAUGCGUACCGCGUGACAUGAACGAUUUAAGCGAGCCUUCUUUUGAAAAAACUUUGUGUCGAUUAGCAUUGCAUAGGGUCUUGCCUGGUCUGGCUGGAUCCUGGAGCCUGGAGUUGUUGGUGUUGACAAAAACCCGCGUCAGCUUUGACCGGCCGGCAAAUGGACAGGACAAGGAAUGAAAUGGACGGGUGCAUUCAGCGGCGCAGAGCGGUCAAGGGACUUUUUGGUUGAUACUCUUUUUUUUUGUUGGUUUUAUUUAAUGUUUCUUUGGGUUCACGAUGGAACGAUUGCUCUGGUCAAUAUUACACUCAGCGCGAAGCUGGAUUGCAACUCC